CGCAUGAACGACGGUGUUGAUGAAGCAAACGUCAAAACGCCAGCCUGACACGUUAUCUUUAAAUACACAAAGUAAAUAUACUCCGUAUUUACCUGGGUAACAUUAAAUGACAAUAAUGUAAAAUGUCUUUACUCGACGAUGAUAAUAUCAACUGGGUGCAAGACUUGGAAAAUGCUGUGCUGGAAGAAUGUUCAGCAAGUGAUAUAUUUUGCAUUUGUAAGGGAAAACCCCUACCGGAACGUUUGCGGUCAGAAGUUUGGCAGAUAUGCCUUGAUGUAUCUGACAAAGGGAAUCAGAUAGAGCUAUUCAAUGAAAUCUAUGAUCUUCCAAAUCAAGCAGUUCUCCAUGAAGAUUGCACAAAUUUCGUUGCCACACUUGGCAAUGAUGAUAAUGAGAAGCCUUCCAUUACAUCAGAGCUUGAAAGCAUCCUAACAUACUACUGCAAAAGCAGAAAUCUCACCUACAAACAUGAUAAUGGUUGGAUUGAACUGUUAUUGCCACUCAUCACUUUAAGAGAGGACAAGUCCACAAUGUACAACUUGUUUGAAGGAAUUCGCGACACUUACAUCCCACAGGGUUCACAGAAAGAUGGCAAUGCUUUCCAUAUAAUGAGAUUACUUCUGCAAUAUCAUGAUCCAGAAUUGUGCUCAUUUCUGGACACUAAGAAAAUAACACCAGAAUUGUAUUGCCUCACAUGGUUUCAGUCUCUAUUUGCAGCCACAUGCAAUCUUACAGCUACAAUCACCAUGUGGGACUAUUACUUUCAACAGAGUGAUCCUUUCUUUAUUUUCUUCCUUUCACUGAUUAUGGUGAUAAAUGCCAGAGAGCAGAUUAUGUCUAUGAAAGAAGAAGGAAAGGAUAAACUUAUUAAUAUACUUUCUGGUAUGCCCAGUGGUCUAGAAGCUGAAGACGUCGCAGAUUUUUGCUCGUUAGCGCAGUAUUACUGUCUAAAAACACCGACAAGUUUUCGCACGGAAUUAAUGCAGCCACUGUAUGGUGGUAGCAACGCAGGGGCGCAAUCAGUUUCUCAAGCUUUAUGUCUACCAGUAUCAGUCGAUGAGUUAGUUGGGAAUGCGUUCAAUCGUGCAAUGGGCGGCGGUCAGGAUGGAGUGCGUUUCUUUUUAGUUGAUUGUCGACCUAUCGAGCAGUACAAUUCUGGCCAUUUACCAACCGCGUUUCAUUUGGAUUGUAAUUUGAUGUUACAAGAGCCUAGUGCCUUUCAGACUGCUGUCCAGGGAUUGUUGAUGUCACAGAGGCAGGCUUUGGCAAUUAAUUCUAAUGCAGCUGGUGAACACCUUUGCUUUUUGGGCUCUGGCCGCAACGAAGAAGAUCAGUAUACUAAUAUGGUUGUCGCGUCAUUCCUACAAAAGAACACAAAAUAUGUGUCUUUGUUAACCGGCGGUUUUACUGCAUUGCAUGAUGCAUUCGAUUAUGAGCGAUGUCUACAAGAUCACAAUGCUUAUCAAUGCAUUGUUUGCUUGCCACGACUCGAUACAGGUAUCUCCAAAACUCCAACGCAAAGUGGCAAGCAAUCAUCGGACAUUUUCGGCAAAAUCUCCGCAGCUAUGAAAUCCAAAUCAGCGGAAGUUAAAGGAAUGUUAUUUGAAUACAUUGUGAAUCCGAAUAAUUCCCCAGUUCAAGAAAGACACGUGUCUAGUAAUGACAAGCAAGGAAAACGUUACAGAAACGUUGCGCCUGUUUUUAGUAUUGAUGAUCACGACGACAGCAUUACAACCGAUGCGAAUUUAGAAGAGGAUGACGAUAAAGAGCUGGUCUCUAUCCAAUCAUGGAUCAAAGACCCGGAUGUAAUCGAGCACUUCCCAUGCCAGGAAGUGCAAGUAAGCGGAUGUAUGUAUAAAAGUCACCUACUUGUAACCAGUUCUCACCUGGUGGUGAUUCGUGAGGUGGCCGAUAAGUCUGAUACGGGUGAAGUUAUCGUCAAACGUCCACUGUCCACUAUUGUGAAGAUAACAGCCAAAAAGCGCGUUCCCGAUUUGAUCACAUUCAAGUACGGUAUUCCCGAUGGCGAUUCACUACUAAUUUCCGAUAUGGACCGCUUUCUAAUUCCGAAUGCAACCAAAGCGACUAAAACCGUUUCGGAUCAGAUCUUAAAAACAAUGAAGUCAAAAGAUUAAUGCAUAGAUUUAUCUUUGUUGGCCUAUCUUAGAAAAUAGUUAAUCAAAUCUAAACUUCAGUAAAGCUAAUCCAAUUAACUUUCAUUAGUAGAGUUUGUCUUAGCAGCCAUCACAUAUUUACAAACAAGUAAGCCAGAAUAUGCUUAAUCUUAUGAAAUAGAUUGUAGACUUGCACUGAAGAUUAAAUUAUUACAUUAUGGUGCUUAUACUUAAAGAUUUUAACACAUGAUUGCUGGAUAUGAAUGAAACUGUAAUGAUGUUGAGAUGAUGCAGAUGUAAAUAAAGAGGUUCUACCUAUGUUACAUAUA